UAGCCCCGCCCCUCUCGGGUUCCCAGCCAACUUGGACUUGAAUGAGGUGCGCGCAGACGGCUGGAAAGUAGUACUGACCGUCUGGGAAUAACACCGGGAAUAACACCGGGAAUACUGGAGGACAGAGGCCAGACAGCGGGACGGGGGUGGGGGGACGGAGGCUAAAGGAAAGCCGCUCCACAGCUGCCUGGAAGAAAGAAGCGUUGCCGAAAAAAAGAGGAAAAGCCUGCGUCGAUGUUCGUCCGUUUUCCGCGUCGAUCCGUGAGAUUUCUCCGAUGUUCAGCUUCAUGGGUCUGAUGAACGGAACCACCGACACCCACACCAAUGUCUCCUGUACGUGUAACUGCAAGAGAUCCACUUCAUUCCAGAGUAUGGCGAUCACCCAGCUGGAGUUUGUUCAGAUUCUGGUGAUCGUGGUGGUGAUGAUGAUGAUGGUGGUGGUGAUCACGUGUCUGCUGAAUCACUACAGACUGUCUGCGCGGUCUCUCAUGUCUCGCCACGGACGAGCGCACAGACGACACCUGCCCCUGCCGUCGGAGGGCAGUCUGUGGUGCUCUGAUGGUCCCGGCUCUUCUAGUGCCAUGAGCGAGCAGGUUUACGCUCCUCGACCGCCGGAUCGGGUGCGUCUGUCGCGCUUCCAACCCACGUUCCCGUAUCUCUCUCACACCAUCAUCGACCUCCCCCCCACCAUCGCUCUGUCAGACGGAGAGGAGCCUCCGCCGUACCAGGGCCCCUGUUCCCUUCAGCUGCGGGACCCGGAGCAACAGCUGGAGCUCAACCGCGAGUCGGUCCGAGCGCCGCCCAACCGCACCGUGUUCGACGGUCCGCUCAUCAGCGCCGAGGGCGCUCCUCCAGCCUACAGCGAGGUCAUCGGACACUACUACCACCCCACAUCAGUGCCGCGGCACGCACAGACCCAGUCCACACCGCCGCUGGUGCAGGGUUUGAUCCACAUCAGCCACACGGACAGCAGAAACACACGCAACAAAGACAAACCCAAAGCCCAGCUCGUCUAACGCCAGCGAGAACUUCCUGCUGCACAACAAGAUGCGGCUUCUCUUCCUCUUCCGUUGUUGCUUUCUCACUCAGAAUUUCUGUUAAUAUUUACGUGUUAUUAUUUGUCCUCAACGCUCUUAGGCUGAUGAUGCAUGGGCCAACUUUUUGAGCAGUGUUGCCGGGCAACUUUGGUUAAUGUUGCUGUCAACGGCAACCAGGUGAGACACAGGACCCAAGUAUCC